AUGUCCCCCGCAGAGCAGCCCGAGCUCGACCCCGAGACGCCGCACUACGUGCCCGAGCGGGGGACGUUCUCGGUGAUGACGCUCGACCCCGUCGCGUCCGUCGCGCACCUCGACGACGCGCAGGCGACCGCCGCGGCCGCCGCGCUCGUUAGUAAGGGCUACGUCAUCUACCUCGUCGGCGUGCGGCCGCUCUUCAGCCCGCGCGCCGCCUUCCGCGAGGAGACGCCGUACUUCGUGCAGCGCGGCAUCCCGCGGGACCUUCCUGCACAGCAUGUCGAUGCGAGCAUCCAUCCAAACGCGCACCACUCACGAUGGCGACGAACGCGUUCCCGUGGGCGGACUGCCACCACGACCGUGCGCAGCCCGAACGUGCGCGCCGUGGACCGCGUCGUGUGCGCGCUGGACCGGGCGGCGCGCUUCCGCGUCAUCGAGGCGUUCAACGAGGACAGGGACGCGCGGCACGACCGGCUGGCGGCGCGGCGGGAGAGGGAGAGGGCCGCCGGCGCCGGGCACGGAGACGCCGGGGACGAGAAGGAGGCGGACGCAGGGCUGCAGGAGCAGGCGCCCGUCGACGAGGCCGAGGCCGGCGCGAUCUUCCGCGCGCUGAUCGCGGACGACGCGGAGGAGCGCCUCCCCGUCGCGCACUUCACGUACGACCUGGCCCGCGUCGGCGCGGUCCACGACGUGUGCGAGUACCGGGCGGAGGCGGAGAGGAUUGCAGCCAUCGUCGCGGCGUCGCUGGCGCGCAAGAAGGCCGCGAUCGCGGAGGGGGACGCCGCACGGUACGAUACGCGAACGGCCGAGCUUCUGCACGGCCACCGGGCCCGGGCCGCAGGCCGCCGCGUGCGGCGGAUCAUAACGCGCAGCACGGCGCUGGUCCGGCGGAUACUGUGCAUAUCAUGA